UACAUCCGUAUUUUCAAGCUAGUAACGAAGUGCUUAGCUACUGGGCUGUAGAGAUCAUCGGGGACUAACAGUCCACCAGCAGAGGCUUCGACCCAGGAGUCAUAAUGUAAAACUUAUACGGUACCAAUUUUGAUGCACCCAAUGCACAUUUCGACAAAUAAUGUCUCUUCAGUGAUACUAAGUAUGUAUUUGUAAAUAAGUGAAUUACGCAAAAUCUACGUGGGAAUAAACCUUUUAUACUAUUUAUAAGCACGGGGUACUUAUACCACCCGUGCUGUUUGUUUAAUGCAUUUAUCUUGACUCCUUUCGGGGAUUUUUUUGGCAUGUAAUCCAAAGGACCGCGCUCGAAGAUUUUGAAGUCAUGCAUGUUUGCUUGAUCAGGAUAUAGGGCUCACGGCGGGUGUGAUCGGUCGACAGGGGAUGCUUGCUCCUCCUGGGCACCUGAUCCCACCUCUGCUGUGUCCAGGGGUCCGUGUUUGCCCAACUAUCUGUUUUAUAUUGCUUGUAGGAGUUGUGAGAUUGAUCACUGUUCGUUAUUUUCACCUCUCAUGUACAGCUGUAAAUUCUCGAUGUCGCGACAGUGCUAAUUACCACACUAUCUUUAUUUCACAUACAUUGCAUUAUGUAUUAAGAAAUUAAAUAAUAUAUCUCUUCAGUCAAAAUAAUAUUACAGAACAAUUCAUGACUUAUGAAAACGUCAAGAAUUCUAAAUAUCGUAGAAUAUUGUUUCACCUUUCCAUGUAUACAUGUAUCUGUAGAUGUAACAAUGUAAACAAUGUACAUAUGAAAUUUUCUUUUGUUUGUGCAUGAUUGCUACUUGCAUUGAUGUAAAAUGUUCGAACAUUUCAUGAAAAAUAUACAUCCAGUACUUGCACAAAAUAAACUAAUAGAUGUAUCCAUAUGCAUUCCCUACAUGCUUAUAAAAUAAGUACAAGUGGGAAAAUCCGAAAUAUACCGAAUGAAUAGACUAUUUUGCGUUCACCAUUUACCAAAUUGCGUUCACCGUUCGCUCCGCGAGCGUUCCCCGUUUGCCCUCCGACCCUCCGUGCGUUUACCAGUCAAGUGGAGAAAGUAGAAAGUUUCAGGGACUGUAUCGAUAUUGAGAGUGAUUACACAGGGGGUAAGGAACAUUACAUUGUUUAGUGUACAAUGUACAUACAAGGGGAAAGAGGUCCUUUUUGAUUUCUUAUUUUAUUUUUUUUCUCACAAAUUUUAUGAUUAAAUUAUCUAUCCUCCUUGAAAUUGUUGUAUAAUUUGUUUUUAAACGGUAAAAUCAAUAGACAAAACUGGGUCAAUAUGAACUUUAAAUUUAGAUAGCGUAUGCAAACUGACGCCGCGCAUUGAAUUCACAGAACUAAACCUGUAGACGGAAGGUCGAAAUAUCGGGGAGGCCAUAUUGGAUUUACGGGUGUGACAAACAUUGCCGUGUCGUAAAAUUGUUAAAAAUGGAUAAGAUAGUUGUUUAAAUGAUCAAAACAUAAUUAAUGUGAAAGAUCUGCUCUCACUGAUCAUAAUGUAUGCAGUUUAGAUGAAGGAGGGGCUGUAUCUUUGUGAGCUUGUGUGAGUCAGAUACCAGAAAUGCUGCACCCCCGGCGCAGUGCCCAGACCGUCCUACUGUGUGACCUCUGUGAAACUGUCAACCUACAGAGUCACUGUGAACUUUGUAAUGUACACUUAUGUAAGGACUGUGUUGAGGAACACCUUUCUGAUUCAUCUAAAAAACACAAUGUCGUGUCCUUUUUACACAGAAAGUCUACUCCUACCUACUCAAGAUGUCCGACACACGCGGAUAAACAUAGCGAACUUUACUGCGAGGAAUGUGACGUUCCUGUCUGUUCUACCUGUGUCUCAAAAAAACAUAGAGGGCACAAUUUAUGUGAUGUUCUGGAAAAAUUCAGCUCUAAAAAGGAAAGUUUACAAAAAGAUUUAGAGGAACUAGAGAGCAGAAUUUAUCCUCGAUAUGAAGAAAUGGCGUCCGAUGUCCAAACUGAGAAAUCCGAGUUAGAAACGAAUUACGGGAAACUGACAACAGCUGCCGAUCAACAAGAAGUCUUACACCGGGAGAUUACCGCCAUUGUCAACCAACGGAAAUCCGACAUCCAGGAGAUGAAAAAUAAACAUAUGGCCGCUCUAGAUAAAAACACAGAUGAAAUUACACAGAGAAUUACAGAACUCAGAAAAAUCAUUGAGGACCUGAAGAAAACACUGAACACCAAGGACGUCUCUCUAACGUCUACUUACAAAUCUAGGAAUGGCGAGUUCCGACAAUUACUUCCUAAAGUCAGAGUUACAUUACCAAGUUUCUCUCCUUCCAAAAUUAACAAAGACCAGCUCAAUAAAAUGUUUGGUUCUCUGUCGCCAUUAUCCAUUAACACAGAACAAGGCUACACAAUGAAGUCAGCAGAAGCUGUAUCGUCUCCUCCAGUCAAACCACUGCUUGAUGAGCCGCGUGUCACCGCCACCAUAGACACUGGGUAUUACUAUCUAUACAGUGUUAGCUGUCUGAGAAAAGAUCAAGUCUGGACACGCGGGGAGAACAAAACCAUGAAGCUGCUCAACCUCCAGAGUAAACUACUGACAUCAAUACAAACCAAGUCAGGGGACACACCGCGGGACAUAGCAGUGACACGGGACGGAGAUCUUGUUUAUACCGACGAUAGUAAUAACACCGUGAACUUAAUUAAGAAUAAAAAGAUACAGACCGUAAUCACACUACAGGGGUGGAGACCUGACUAUGUCUGCUGUACCGCGGGUAACGAUCUCCUGGUUACCAUGGACAGUGAUGAUGACAAACAAUCCAAAGUCGUGCGUUACACCGGCUCCACAGAGAAACAAAGCAUUCAGUUUGAUGAUCAGGGUCGUCCUCUCUAUUCAUCUGGUGGUUACAUUAAAUACCUCAGUGAGAACAGGAACCUGGAUAUCUGUGUGGCUGACCAUUCAGCUAGUGCAGUAGUGGUGGUCAAUCAGUCAGGAAAACUCCGAUUUAGAUACACUGGUCAUCCCUCUAAUACCGAGCAAUCAUUUGAUCCACGCGGCAUCACUACAGACAGCCAGAGUCACAUCCUGACAGCAGACAUUGACAAUCACCGUAUCCACAUCCUAGAUCAGGACGGACAGUUCCUCCGUUACAUUCACUGUGAUUUAAGCUAUCCAUUCGGUUUAUGUGUGGACAUCAGAGACAACCUCUUUGUGGCUGAGUAUGACACUGCUAAAGUGAAGAAAAUUCAAUAUCUAUAAACACAGUGUUAUUUACACAUCUCAACAGUAUUAAUUACACCUACCAAGACAGUGUUAAUUACAGCUCUGUGUGGAUUACAAUGUCAAACCGUGUUAAUUACAUCUAGAAAAUCUGUCAAUUACAUCUUUAAACACAGUGUUAGUUACAGUCGUGUGAAUUACAGCAGUGUGUGAAUUACAGCAGUGUGUGAAUUACAGCAGUGUGUUAAUUACAGCAGAGUUUGUGAUGUGUAAUUAACCUGUGUAUUGACACAGUAGAUUUGUGGUGGCUUAUUUUCGUCUGAAUGAACUGUCUUUUUUCAUUGUCUGUUUUUGUUUUAUUAUGUUUCAUUGUAUAUAUAUAUAGGAUCUGAUUAUUAUCCAACGAGUUGUUUGUUUUCUAUCCCGAGCUAUUCUAUCCGGAGUUUCAAUGUAUAUACUAUUACAUAGAUAAACAUGAUUUAGAG